AUGUACAACUCGGCCAAUAUCGUGGUCGACGUCAACACCACCCUGCCCGGCUCAGGAACCGCGGCGCACCUCGACGUCGAUGGGAGGCAUUCUAUGGUCGUGGCCGAGCCCGACCGGCCCCAUGUCGGCUCGCACGUGAACGAGCCCACCGAGGAGGAGCGCCACACCCUGCGCCGUAUCCCCGGUGCUGUCCCGAUGAUCGCGUACGCGCUCUGCUUCGUCGAGCUUGCCGAGCGAGCCUCCUACUACGGAGUCCAGCCCUUGAUCGGGAACUUUGUCAACCGCAAGAUGCCCGUCGGCGGCAACGGCUACGGGGCACCGAAGCGAGGAACCCAAGAUACCGCGGGCGCGCUCGGAAUGGGCACCGUCAAGUCCACCGCCGUCUCGCAAUCCUUCUCCAUGCUAGUCUACGCGCUCCCGGUCUUCUUCGGCUGGUUAGCCGAUACGAAGACGGGUCGCUAUAACAUGGUCUUCUGGGGUGUCAUUGUAUGCGGUGUUGCCCACGUGCUCAUGAUUGGGGCCGGCGCCCCUUCGCUCUUGGCCAACGGCAAUGCCAAAAUCCCCUACUUCAUCUCGCUGUACAUGCUGGCUCUGGGUGCUGCCAUGUUCAAGCCCUGUAUCUCUCCCAUGCUGUUGGAUCAGAUGAAGGAGACCCGGCUCACGACGAAGGUCCUUGAUACGGGCGAGAAGGUCUUGAUCGACCCAGAGGCGACCACCGAGCGGGUCAUGCUCUGGUUCUACCUCAUGGUCAAUAUCGGGGGCUUCUUCAACGUCGCAACCUCCUACUCCGAGAAGUAUGUCGGAUGGUGCCUAGCAUUCGGCCUUCCGCUCAUCGUCUACCUCCCCUUGCCGGCCAUGCUCGUGCUCCUUAAGAAGAAGCUCGUGAUUAAGCCGCCGGGAGGAAGCGAUCUCGGAAACGUCUUCAAGAUUCUCGGCCUCUGCUUCCGCCGAGGCGGGCUGGUCAAGAUGUUCAAACGCAACGGAGGGUUCUUCGAGGCCGCGAAGCCAUCCAACAUUGCGGUAUCUGGCGCACCCGUUGCGGUCCCGUGGAACGACCAGUUCGUCGACGACGUGCGGCGUGCCUUCUUGGCCACGGGAAUCUUCAUGUUCUUUCCGAUCCAGAGCAUUAACGAUAACGGCCUCGGAGGGGCCCAAUCCGCUCUGACGACCAUGCUGAGGACGAACGGUGUCCCGAACGAUGUCAUCAACAAUAUCAACCCCUUCGCCAUCAUCAUUUGUGCCCCAAUCCUCAACUACGUCCUCUACCCCUUCCUCCGCAAGCGCGGAAUUCACUUCGGGAACAUCGCCCGUAUCACCCUCGGCCUCGCCAUGUCCGCCACCGGCGCCAUCGGCUACACGGUCAUCACUUAUUACGCCUAUAAGGACGGCCCCUGCGGGGACCGCGGCUCCAGCAGCUCGUGCGUCGACGAUAAUGGCAAUGCCCUUGUCGCUAAUAUCACUAUCUGGUGGACGGCUGUCCCCGUCGCCAUCGGCGCCAUUUCGGAGCUCUUCGUCAACAUCCCGGCCUUCGGCAUGGCCUACUCCAUGGCGCCCACGAACAUGCGCGGCCUCGUCUCCGGCAUGAACCUGAUGUCGUCGGCCAUCGCCUACGCCUUCGGCCUCGCCUUCGCCGGCGUCAUCAAGGACCCCUUCCUGAUCUGGGUCUUUGGCGGGCCCUCCAUCGUCGGCUUCGUCGCCGCCGCCGUCUUCUGGUGGCUGUACCGCGACCUCAACCACGACGAGUACAACCUGUCCGAGAACGUCUACGACGCCAAGCUCCGCCGCGAGGAUGCCGUGGCUCGGGAGGUGGCUAGCGAGGGCGAGAGCGUGGAUGAGAAGAAGGGCUUUCGGGACGAGGAGACUCCCGCAGCGUCGAAAGAGGUGCAUGCUUAG